AUGCAAGGUUAUGCUUCAUUAGAUCCAGCAGACUUGCUGAAAAACCAAGAAUUGAUUCAACAAAUCCAAGAUCCAAAAGAUUUACUAAUGAUUGCUAAAAAAAGAAACUUAAACGCCAAAGAAGCGAUAUUCAUUCUCAAUGAAUGCAAGAAAAGAUAUGAUGUUCAUGUGAAUUUCGAUAUAUACAGGCACAUGAGCAUUGAUUUCCAAGGAAAUGUUGAAGAUAUUUUAGACUUUAUCAGUUGCUCACACAAAUGUUUACGAAACCGACCAAUAAGACCCAUAUUCGAGACAAUUGUAUCAAUAAGUGAUCAGAAUAAUCAAUAUUCUGAUGAAAUCGAGAAAUUGAAAAGAAAAAUUUCGAGUAUGAAAAAACACAUGUCGCAAAAGAAUGAAAAGCUAAAGCAGCUUAGACAAGAAUCUACAUCAGAUGAGAACUCUUAUUCCCACAACGCCGCCGAAAUUCAAAAAUAUCAAAUUGAUAUCGGAAUGAGGGAUCAAGAAAUCCAAAAGCUUCAAAAAGAACUCCAAGAAAAAGACGAAAUUAUUAAACAAAAACAAAAAGAACUCAAAUCAAAACAACAAAUAAUUCAACAGAAAGAUGAAGAACUCGCAUCCAAGGAUCAAAUAAUCAACCAAAAGAAUAAUGAAAUACAAGCAAAAAAUGAAGAAAUCGAAAAAUUAAAACUUGAAAUUGAAAAUUUAAAGGCGGAAUCGCAGCCAGGGCGCAAUAUUUGCAUUGAACAACUUCAAAAAUGCUCUUUAACAAAGGAAGAUGGUAAAACAAUCUAUAAUAUUCUUGAAAAAGCUCUUUCACAAAAUAAUGUUGACGCCGUCAAAUUUGCAGUUGAAAAUAAGUAUACAGAUGUUAUAUAUGAAGGAAAUAAUAUGAUAAUGGCCGCUGCGGAAGCAAAUAAUUUUAAUCUUGUGAAAUUCUUAUAUUCUGGAGGUGCUCAAAUCAAGAACACAUCAAAAGUUGGUGGAUAUACUAUACUCCACAAGUUUUGCCAAGUAAAUAAUGUUGAUGGCGUUAAAUUCGCCUUAGAUUUUAUAGAUAUAAAUGAUCAUAAUAACUUUGAUAAGUGGACACCUUUACAUGUAGCUGCUAGAUGGAGCUGCAAGGAAGUUUGUGAGUUUCUCUUGUCAAAUAGUAAAAUUGAUAAAAAUCCUCUUAGUGUUCGCGAUAAGACACCACUUGAUCUUGCGAAAAUGAUGGAUAAUAAACAGAUUGAAACCUUGUUGAUCGACAAUGGUUGCAAAUAA